AUGGAGCAAGGAUUCUUGUAUAUGGAUUUAACCUUCUCUCAUCUGUUGCAAGACAACGACCCAGACCUGGACUUGUUUUGGAACCCAGCAGACGCAUUUUACGCUCCUCCCAUUGCAAUCUCCAUGUCCACCAGGAUUAUUUCAUCUCCGGAUCUAGCUGGAACUGAAGCCGGAUCUUCACGUUCGCGUUCGCAAAGGCCAAUCCACUUGGAGAUUGAUGGAGUUAUCGACGAACAAGAGGGUGCCGGCAGAAGUGGUAGUGGCACCGGUGGCCAAUACAACCAAAUUCGCCCGACUACAUCAUCGUCCUCGCUUCCUUUGCCACCCUUGAUCUCCAACACUCGUCGCGCUCGUAGGAGCUCAAGCCCGACUACAACAACACAACAGCCGAGGCCCUCUCAUUCCCCUCCUCGUCUACCUCCCUUAGACAUCCAAACGCCGCCUUGGAGAAGGGCAACCAACUUGCCAUCAGCAAACGUUGAGCUGCCACCAGUUAAUACUUGGGAGAACGAGCAUUCGGGGCAAUACAAUCCAAACAGCGACCUGCAUAAUAUAUUGCGUACUGCCAAUAUCGGGUCUCCUGAUCUCAUCGAUUUGAUUGAUGGUGACUUCUCUUCACCGUCGACUUACCCGUUAUUCACGAAUAUAGAUCCACAGCCGAGUCAAGCUCAAACUCCAGGUGUAAGCCAAACGGCAGCGCUUCAGGCUUCCAUUUCCGCGCCGCAUCGUGCAGUUACCAGUGCCACUACCGCCCCACGCGACCCCUCCGCCGCUCACCAUUGUAUCUCUAAUUUCUUGGGUCCUGAGCGUAGCACGACUCAACUCUCUUCUUCCACUAACGCAGCCGGCGAAUCCCAAUCGACUCUGCCUAUCUUUGACUCUUUCGACGAAAGCGACAUUCUCUUCGACAGCCCCGCCAGCUCCUUCUCCGACGCCAUGCCUCCUGCUCUUCGACGGAGCACCGCAGCUACUGUUAGCCGGACCGGUUCUACACACACGAGCAAACGACGACGGACAUCCACUGCGGCCGCGAAUGAGAACACGAUACCUACGAGACCAUCAUCAAGACAGAAGAAGAGCUCGGCACCAAAAAAAGAAAUGGAUGUUGAAGAACUUUUCGGCUCGAGCCCUCCUCCACGCGCUUUUGUCGAUCUUGAGGCCAAUGAAGAUUACGAUACCGUCGAUUUGACUGAAACGAACGAAGUCCCUGAUGAAAUCAAGAAGCCAGAGAAGGACAACAGCGUCAAACUGGCCGCCUUUCAAUGUGUAAUUUGCAUGGAUGACUGCAUUAAUUUGACAGUAACACAUUGUGGCCAUCUUUAUUGCGCUUCAUGUUUGCAUCAGUCUCUUUGCGUUGAUGCUACUAAAGGGAAGUGCCCCAUGUGCCGGCAAAAGCUUGACAUGAAGCCAAGGGAGAAUUACAACAGCAAGACCAAAGGAUAUUGGCCUCUUGAACUGAAGCUCAUGACUGCUACGCGCAAAGGAAAGCGCAAAGCCAACAUUUUAUCCUAA